AUGGACAGCAAGAGAAAGAGAGCGCACUUGGCCUUUCUCUGCCUGGCCUGCGACUCUAGGAUCCACCCCGCCAACAAGCUCACCACAAGCCACCAGCGAGUCUGGAUGUGUGGGGUCUGCCAGCAAGCCCCAGCCGUCGUCACCUGCAAGGCUGACGCCGCUGCUCUCUGCGUCAGCUGCGACACCGACAUCCACUCAGCUAACCCCAUCGUCCGCCGCCACGAGUGGGUCCCGGUCGAGCCUUUUUACGACGCCGCCGAGUCUAUCGUCGUCAAGUCAACAACUGGCCCGUCAUCCGCCGCCGCGGCUCUCAACUACCUCGUCCCAAACGGAGACGUUGUAUUUAAAGACAUUGAAAACAACGCCGCGUCGAGCUGGCUGAUCCCCAACCCGAAUUUCAACUCGAAGCUCCAUAUGGAUAUCGCUCCGGACAUCCUAAAGUCCUCCGAUGAUCUCAUCUUCCCCGAAAUUGAUUCACUGCUGGAGUUCGAUUACCCUACCUCAGUACACACUAUUUCGGGUUCGGGUGCGUGUAAUGACAGCGUUGUUCCGGUUCAACCCGACCCGAUUCCACCGCCAUCGUUCAACAUGAACUACAACAUUUCGGGUCCCGCCGAUCACAACUGCUUCGACCUGGACUUUUGCAGAAGCAAGCUCUAUUCUUCAUUCAACAACCCCCUCAAUCUCCACUCCUACAAGCACUCUGGGUUGGCAAACAAGAAAACCGUGACCAUUCAGGGUGUGGGCAAAGAUCAAUCUGUGCUGCUGGCAACAAGUAAGUCCAAGAAGCAGAACAAGCCUGCUGCUCUGCUGCAUAAGUCUGUGAUGAAGCAGGAGUUCCGCAGGAUGGCGAAGGCGGUCGGUAAUCAGGUGGCGGAUAACCAUUACAGGCCGGAUCUGAAAAAAGCAGCCCUUGCAAGGUUGAGUGCUGUUCACAAGAGCCUCAAGAUUGCCAAGUCUGGUGUCAAGAAGAGGAACAGGCAAGCUGUUAAAGUCUAUGGCAGGAAAUGA